AAAAUGAAAAAAAAAGAAAGAAAAGAAAAGAAAAUUCCGACCCAUUAAAAAGCACCAUUUCUCUUACACAAAAUAUCUCUUAAGUUUCUUACUUUUAAUUUGUUUGCUUUCUUUUUGUAAAUGGAAGAAGUUUGGAAAGACAUUACUCUCUCUUCUCUCCAUUCCCGUUCCGACCAUGACUUCUCCUCCGCCGCUCCCACUCCCAUCAGUCUCCACCUCCACCACCACCACUCCGCCGCCAACUUACGUCACAUCAUCCUCCAAGACUUCCUUUCUUCUUCCACUUCCAAACUUGACUCCUCCUCCUCCUCCUCCUCCGCCGCCGCCGCCGCUGUCCCCUCCCUCCCUCCCCCCCCACCUACUGUCUUGUCCUUGAAUUCCACACGGGAAUUACAUUUCCUCGAUAACCCCAUCGCCGCCGCCCACUUCCGCCACCAGGAUCCUUCCUCUGUCUCCGCCGCCUUCCACAGCCCCUUUGAUCAAGUCCUUGGACCACCACCCUUCGGCAAAAAAAGGGUCACUGAUUCAGAUAACUCCGGAGAUCGGCGGCAGAAACGUAUGAUCAAGAAUCGCGAAUCCGCCGCCCGAUCUCGUGCACGAAAACAGGCUUACGCAAACGAGCUGGAGCUUGAAGUGUCAAAUUUAAAGGAAGAGAAUGCAAAACUUAGGAGACAACAAGAAGAGCUACAAGCAGUGGCGAUGGCUCAAGUCCCAAGAAAACACAGGCUGCAGCGGACAUCGACGGCGCCGUUUUAGCGAUCAUAAGAGGGGGAGGGGGGGUUUGGGGUAUUAAUGGUUUGAGGUUAAUUUUGUGGGAUGAAAAAGAAGGGAACUUCUGAAAUGUUUGCAUAAAAAAAAAAAAAAAAAGAACACUUUGGUUGAUUUAGGUUAAAAGUAAAAGAAUUAACAGAGAGAACUAAUUCUAAACUUGAUGAUGCUGAUGAUGAUGAUCAGUGUUUGUGUAGGGCAGAUUUAAAAGACAAAAAAAAAAAAAAGUGAAUUUGCUUUGAUUAUGGAACCAA